GGGGUACAAAAUGGGACAAGAAGCAGUGCCUCAUGUGUCUUUAGCACUACAUCCUGAACACCAAGCGAAAGAUUUAGGUCCUAUGGUUAAAAAAGCAGUUGAAACUAAUGACUGGGUUCCUUCUCAGAUUCCUUGUGUCUCCUUCUCUCCCAGUUGCAGGACUUGGUGCAUUCAGCUGCAGGCAAAUGACAUUGUUGCAUUACAGCAUGAACAGAUCUCUAGAGACCAUGGCAGGGAAAAGACAGAUCACCCUAUGGUUGCAGAACUUUUAGCUUCAUUGCCUGAUACUUUGUGGUCACAGGGCCCUACAGAUGUUGGAUUGACUCAGUGUGCCCCUAUCUCUUUUGAGGUUCAGCCUACACCUCCGAUUUAUCUUCAUCAGUACCCACAUAAACCAGCAGCAGAAGCAGGUAUCUCAGAAACUAUCGCAGGUUUAAUU